AUGGAGCCCUGGGCGGAGAAGGGAGAUGAGGGCGAGAACGUCAGGGUCACCGCCCAGCUGCUGAAGGCCAAGACGGGCGAGUUUGCCCUGGAGUCCAUCCUUCUGCUCCAGCUGCGGGGCCUGGGUAUCUCGGACCUGGGCUCUGGUGAGUGUGCCAGCCUGGAGUGGCUGGACCUCUCCGGCAACGCCAUCUCCCACCUGGGCCCCCUGGCUGCCCUCAAGUCCCUGGCUGUCCUCAACCUCUCGGCCAACCGCGUCUGCAGCCUGGAGCCGCUCGGCGCCUGCGAGAGCCUGCAGAGCCUCAACGUGGCCGGCAACCUGCUGAGCAGCCUGCAGCAGCUGCAGGGCCUGGCGGGUGCGCCGGCUGGAGAGCCUGCGCCUGCACGACCCCGGGCCCGCCUCAGCAACCCCGUCUGCGCCACCGGGGCCUACCGCAGCGCCCUGGGGGGCCUGCUCCCCGGCCUCAAGGCCCUCGACGGCGAGAGGGUCUCCGGGCGCGGCAGCGAGCUCUACCAGCUCUGCCGGGACCUGGACAGCUCCCUGGAGCGAGGCGGCAGUGGCGGGGCGGGCAGCCCGGAGCCGCCGGGCACAGCCCUGCCCUGGGUGGAGGAGGGCUACUGGGAGUGGAGGCCGGCUCGGCGCAGCUCCAUCAUGGAGGAGGCCUACAAGCAGUUCAACGACGUGCUGCGGGAGUGCCGGGAGCUGAGCGAGAGGGCGGACGACACCAUCUCCCAGGCGGAGCGGGCCCUGAGCGUCCGCAGCGACCCCAGCUCCUACGUGUUCUGAGCCGCCCGCCGGGGCGAAGCUGGGGAUCUGCCUCUCCAUUGCCUGGCUCCACGGAGGCCCAUGCCAGAGUCUCCACCUGCAAAGCCCCAUGCCCCCUAGCCCCGGUGCCCUGCCUGCCAGGGUGGCGCCCCACAGAAUGACAGCCCCUUUCCGCCCCUGCCCCCCCGGCCUUCCUUUUCUCCUGACUGCAGCCAAAACGGAUGGGGGCCACAGCCAGCUUGAGGCCCUGGGGCGCUGGCCCCAGCCCCUCAUCCCAAGGUGAUCUGACUCUGCCCCUAAGCCAGAGGGGGCCCAAGCAAGAGGGGCUCCAGGAGCUGACUGGACGGGAGGGGCCCAGCCCCGCAGCGAGGCACACCUGGGUCUGAGCCGAUGAGCCCAGCCAUGGAGCCCCAGCACUGGUGUGUGCGGGAGCCCCUGGAGCUGCGCCUGUGGAGUGCUGGGCACCGGCGAGCCUGGGGGCUUUUCCAAAUCUCCCCACACCACCCCAUCACUUCCCCUCAGGCCUCCAGUGAAUCUGCUCAGCCACUGGCAUUGCCCUGGGGCUCAGGGCCACCCCCAGUUCCCUCCACCCUGGGCUUAAUUUUCAGAUUGCUUGGAGAGGGGCCAGGCUGGCGGCCCUGGAGACAAUUCCACCAGCAGGCACCGUGUGAGCAGCUCAAGGCAAGCUGCCCACCACCAAUGGGCACCAGCCCUGCCUGUGGGGUGGGAGGUGAGCUCUGCUCCAUGGCUCGCUCCCUCGCUCCUUGUCCUCUCAGCUCACGGGGCCAGUGGGGGCCAGAGGCAGUGAUGGGUUUGUAGAGGGGACCCCCCCCCACGUCCUUCUCUUUGAGUCUCCUUCCCGCAGGCAGCCCGCCAGCUGCCAGCAGGGCCCAGCAUUCAGUCCCUACCGGCCAGGGACCUGGGGGAACCAGUCCCUUUACCAGGGCCACCUUCCCUCUCCCUCAUUGUCCCUCCCAUCCCAGUGUCAGUGUGAGAACCGGCUGGCUGUUCCCAGUGGGAGAGAGGAGUCUGGGAGGGAGGGGGGGACCUGUAGUCUUGUGAACUCCAGUUUGCUGGUGAAGGGCAGCUCCUGCCAGCUGUGUGGGGCCCUGGCAGGGUCCCCCACCGGGGAGUGCCAGCUGAGCUCAGAGAUGGCACCUGCCCUGGCACAUUGCUCUGAGACCUGCCAGGGACUGGGGAGGGUGCACAGCUGGCCCCAUGGGAUUUUGCCUCUAUCCGAGGCUGGCAGGAGCCCCUCUCGGACCCCUGGCGUGGAGGCAGGUGGGCAGCAGUGACUCACAGGCUGGACUAGACAAGAGCAGAGACCAGGACCAGCCCUAGUGCUGACUGCGGCAAGCAUCCCUGAUCUGCUGGGAGGAAGGAGUGGUUAGCCUGCUUCCCGUGGGGCAGGACCCAGGGGAGAGGGCGACCAAGGGGAGGCAGCCCAUGGGCGACCAAGGGGAGGCAGGGCCUGGGAGCUGCCCAUUCUUGCACCACAGGCCCUGCCCAGUGUGGAUGUACCGUGGUGCCAUGUGAAGAUAUUUGCCUGUGAAAUAAAUGUGUUGUCUCCUCCCUGG